CACGGUCUACAAACACAAGGUUAGCGGUGCUGUGCCAGUGAUCUUUCAGCGCGACUUUUGAGGGAUUUAUCGGCGCUGUUUACACAGUUCAGUCGUGACUGUGUUAUGUGAAGAGGGCCGUGGCUGUCGCGGGACUGUGGUGAGGAGAAAUCACCUCUCAUUUAUCGGGCACCAUGGCUGCAGCGCCUCCUCUCCGGCGGUCAGACUCGGCUCGGGGGGAGUUCUCCCCCCUCAAGCACUUUGUUGUGGCCAAGAAGACCAUCAGCGACGUGUUUGAGCAACUACUCAACUACGUGAAGGAGACCUCGGAGUUUGUAGAAGAAAUCAGUGGAAAUAAGGCUUUGCAGAACAUUGCAAGUCAGGAUCAGAAGCUGGAGAUCCAGGCCUAUGCUGACAAGCUUGCUGUCAUUCAGGAGGUACUUGCACGCAGGCACAUGAAAGUGGCCUUUUUUGGCAGGACCAGUAAUGGCAAAAGCACAGUGGUUAAUGCCAUGCUGAGGGACCGCGUACUGCCCAGUGGUAUUGGCCACACCACGAACUGCUUCCUAAGUGUUGAGGGCACUGAUGAAGACAAAGCCUACCUCAAGACGGAGGGCUCUGAUGAGGAGAAAAGUAUUAAGACUGUUAACCAGCUAGCUCAUGCACUUCACAUGGAUGAAAGUCUGGAUGCUGGCUGUCUUGUUCGUGUCUUUUGGCCCAAAACCAAAUGUGCACUGCUGCGAGAUGAUCUGGUGCUCGUAGACAGCCCUGGGACAGAUGUCACAACCCAACUGGACAGCUGGAUCGACAAGUUUUGCCUGGAUGCUGAUGUCUUUGUGUUGGUGGCAAACUCUGAAUCCACUCUCAUGAACACGGAAAAGCAGUUUUUCCACAAAGUGAACGAACGUCUGUCAAAACCAAACAUAUUCAUCCUUAACAACCGCUGGGAUGCCUCCGCAAACGAACCGGAAUACAUGGAGGAUGUGAGGAAGCAGCACACCGAUCGCUGUGUCAACUUUCUCGUCGAGGAGCUGAAAGUUGUCGACCGUGAGCAGGCACCCAACCGCAUCUUCUUCGUUUCUGCGAAGGAGGUCCUCAAUUCCCGUAUGCAGCGUUUACAGGGCAUGCCUGAAACAGGUGGCGCUCUAGCCGAAGGCUUCCAGGAAAGACUGAAGGAAUUCCAGAACUUUGAGAGGAGGUUUGAGGAGUGUAUCUCGCAGUCAGCAGUGAAAACAAAGUUUGAGCAGCACACUAUCAGGGCCAAGCAGAUCACAGAAAAAGUCAAGAGCAUCAUGGACGCCAUCAACAUCGAGGCGGCAGAGAAGAGGGUGGCGGCCCUCGAGGACAGAGAGUACCAGAUGGACCGGCUGGAGUUUGUGAAGAAUCAGCUCAACUUGCUGAUUGAUGACAUUAAGAAGAAAAUCAAAGCUAUUAGUGAAGAGGUGGAAAACAAGGUGUCCAGCGCCAUGGAGGACGAGAUUUGUCGUCUCCAUGUAAUUGUGGACGAGUUCCACACAGACUUCCACCCCUCGCCUCACGUCCUCAAGAUCUACAAGUCUGAGCUGCUGACUCAUGUGGAGGAGGGCAUGGGAAAGAACCUGGCCUUCCGGUGCUCCAGUGCUGUCCACGCCUCGGUCCAGUCCUCUCAGAGUUACAUGAUCGAGAGCAUGCUGCCUCUGCUUCCUUCUUCUGUUCAGAACCAAGUCCACAUGCUGGUACCCAGCAGGAAGUUUGACCUGAGCUACGACUUGAACUGUGCCACGCUUUGCAGUGACUUCCAGGAAAACAUUGAGUUUCAGUUUUCUUUGGGCUGGACAGCAUUAGUCCACCGCUUCUUGGGGUCUGUCAACGCACAGCGAGCUCUCAAACUGGUGGACCAGAAGUUCCAGGUUCCAGCAACAACUGCACCAUCCCGACCAGCGCUGCCCCUGACGCGAACGCCUUCCUCGGGACCCCCUUCCAUCACGGCGCCACCCAACAGUGAGACUGCCCUCAUGACCCAGGAAGACAUGAUGAUAGCCAUGGCGACCAACGUGGCGUCCCUCACGUCUCGUACCUCAAUGAGCGUGCUUGUCGUCGGUGGAGUGGUGUGGAAAACAGUCGGCUGGAGGUUGAUCGCCUUGUCGGCGUCACUCUAUGGCCUGUUGUACCUGUACGAAAGACUCACCUGGACCACGAAGGCAAAGGAGCGUGCUCUGAAGCGCCAGUUUGUGGACUACGCCUCUGAGAAACUGCAGCUCAUCGUCAGCUUCACCAGUGCCAACUGCAGCCACCAGGUCCAGCAGGAGAUGGCGACGACCUUUGCUCGGCUCUGUCAGCAGGUGGACCAGACGCAAAAGGAGCUGGAGGGAGAAAUUCGUCAACUGACAGCCAAGAUAGAUCAGCUGGAGACCGUGCAGAGUCAGUCAAAGAGCCUGCGGCAUAAAGCCACUGAGCUGGAGAGACAGUUGGAGGCCUUCACAAACCAGUACCUGCAGCCCCCGCAGUGAUGCCGCUCCUCAUCGUGGCGGAACAGUUCGGCUCUCAUUGAGUCACUCAUUCCUCGGUAUAAUGCCACCGUCACGUGGACUUUGCCACGGUCACUGUGUGGAUGGUAGCGAUGAAAAAGUCAGACCAUGUCCCAGUUGUAUUAUCAAAUUUCUCUCGCUCCCUAUAUGUGUUCAUUCAUAAAUGAAUGAAAAAAAAAAACUGGAUACAUGAUUUGCAAUAUUUUAAAAAGAAAAAAAAUUAAAUCUUUUCUUCCUAAUGAUAUGAAAUAAAUACUAAAUUCACUGGCCCUCAUUUAUCAAAGGAAAUUUCAGCUGAAAACUGGGUUAUACGACCAUAUCCACGCUAAUGUGGACGGUAAGAUCAAAGCUCACCACUACAUGUCUGACAUCUCUUACACAAGUUUGAGUCCUUGCGGGAUCACGGUGCAACACAGCAAGAUUGAUAAAUGAGGGCCACUGAGAGGGAAUCUCUGGAGUAAGGGACAGCAUGUGUUUAAAUAACUGUAGGUUUGUGAUCUAUUUUUUAACAAUUCAAACUGUAUAGAUCAAAUCCUCUUAUAUUUUGUAUCCCGUUUAUUUAUAAGCAUUAGAUCACACCAGUCUGCACUUUGUAAAAACUUUUUAUUUUCUUCCUUGAAUGUUUGUUGACUUAAAGAUUCAGUAAUAAACUUGCAGUGAUCCAA